AUGAAAAUCAAAACGAAACGAUCAAAAAGAAAGCUGGGGUUCCCAGCUGCGAUAAUUCUUUGUUCUUUGUUCUUUCUUGCCGGUUUCUACAGUUCCACUUUCAUAGCUCACGAUGUACCUGUUAUUAGACCGAGGUUAAGAAAGCUUGAAGUAGCUGAAGGGGAUCGUGAUACGAUGCCUAAUGGGGUUACUGGAGAAGCUUUUAUUGAAUCCAUUCCUUUUCAGGUCUUAAGUUGGAAACCGAGAGCGCUUUAUUUUCCGAAGUUUGCGACUCCCGAACAAUGUGAAAGCAUCAUUACAAUGGCUAAGUCUAAAUUAAAACCAUCUACACUAGCUUUGCGAAAGGGAGAAACUGCUGAGAGUACUAAAGGAACUAGAACAAGUUCAGGAACAUUUAUUAGUGGAUCAGAAGAUAAAACUGGGACCUUGGACUUCAUUGAGAGGAAAAUUGCAAAGGCUACAAUGAUCCCGCAAUCCCAUGGAGAGGCAUUCAAUAUCUUGCGUUAUGAAAUCGGGCAGAAGUAUGAUUCACAUUAUGAUGCAUUUAACCCAGAUGAAUACGGUCCACAGUCAAGCCAAAGGGUAGCUUCUUUCUUGUUAUAUCUGUCUACUGUGGAAGAAGGUGGAGAAACCAUGUUCCCCUUCGAGAAUGGUUCUUCUGUAAUUUCUGGCUUUGAUUACAAACAAUGUGUUGGUUUGAAAGUGAAGCCUCAGCAGGGUGAUGGACUUCUAUUUUACUCAUUGUUUCCAAAUGGCACAAUUGAUCGGACAUCUCUUCAUGGAAGCUGUCCGGUUAUCAAAGGGGAGAAAUGGGUGGCAACAAAGUGGAUUAGAGAUCAAAUAGAACUGGACUAG